UAAAUCCCAGUGUCUAUUGUUAUUUGGUAAUUCUCGACUUGUAUAUUCCUUUUGAAAUGCAUUGUUCUCAAAAGAUUCCUCCUCGAUCUUGUGAUACAUUUGCUGCGUUGCCUCCUGGCACGCAAGACGAUUGUAUUAUUUUCGGAAAAAAUUCUGAUCGGCCAGGUGAUGAAGUUCAGGAGGUUGUCUAUUUCCCGGCAUGUGAUUACCGCACCCCUUCAAAACUGAAAUGCACAUACAUUGAAAUAGAUCAGGUACAACACACUCAUGCUGUAGUGCUCAGUAAACCUUCUUGGAUGUGGGGAGCUGAGAUGGGUGCCAAUGAGCACAGCGUAUGCAUUGGCAAUGAGGCUGUGUGGACAAAAUUGAACGAUGAAAAUGAUGCUAUUGAAAAGUUACUUGGAAUGGAUCUUUUGCGCCUUGGUCUUGAAAGGGGUUCCACUGCCCUUGAGGCGUUAAAGGUCAUUGUGUCACUUCUGAAAGAGUAUGGAAUGGGAGGAAAUUGUUCAGACAGUUUGAGUGAUUUUACCUAUCACAAUAGUUUUUUAAUUGCUGAUCCUAAUGAAGUGUGGGUUCUUGAAUGUGCGGGGCCAAUUUGGGCUGCAGAAAAAGUCACUGAUGGCGUUAGAAACAUUUCUAAUGAAUUGUCUAUUGGUGCAAAAAUUGACCUUCAGUGUGAGAAUUUAGAAGAAUAUGCCAAAGAUAAUGGACUUUGGGACCCCAGUAAAGGUCCUCUUAAUUUCAGGAAAGUUUUUGGCCUUGAUGAGGAUGAAUAUGGAAGCCAUCGAUAUAAGUGUGGCAAAAGAUUGUUGACCAAUUUUUCAAAAAAUGGACAAUUUAUGCCCGCGGAUAUGUUUAAAGUAUUGCGUGACAAACCAAGUGGCAUAUGCAUGUCUUCAGGCUCAUUUGUUUCUACAGGAAGCCAAGUUUCUGUGCUGCGGAAGCCAGAAACAAAGAAACCAUCCUGUCACUGGUUUACAGCAACUCCUGAUCCGGCUCGAUCUAUCUUCAAGCCCUUUAUUUUUACUGAUAAAAUAGACUAUCCUCACCAAGUGAUAUCUCCUGAGGCCCGAGAUCGAAGAUAUGAAUUGUAUAAAAAUCAUUCGAACAUUUUAAAGUUCAAAAAAAUUGAUAUGGAUGUACUGCGUACCAAAAUGAAAGAUUUGGAAGCUGCUUAUGUUGACCGUGCUCAUACUUUAGUGUCCAAUUUUGAGUCGAUGAAAGAUGAAGCAUCAAAAUUAUUCAAAUUGGCAGUUGAGGAGGAAUUGCUCUUGUACCCAUCUUAGGAAAUAAAAGAUAAAAUGAUAGAUGAAGUAGAUAAAAAAAUAUAAUAAUAGUUCAGUAUGACUCUCUUUUUGUUAUCUUGAGAAAUUGUUAUUAGUACAUAGUCAGGAAA